GAUAGAUGUACACAUUACUCAUUUAUCGCCUGUGAUGUCGUGCCAUAGACUGUUCAUCGUUCAGAGAGUUUGUUUUCAUUUCAGUUCAUGUCAUGGCCGGUUGAUGGUUUGAAUUAGUUUGAGUGAUAACUGACUAGGCCAACAAUAUUAACAUUGCUCUUGUUUGCCUGGCUGUCUUUCAGAUUACUUAAAAACGUUAUUAAAUUUUAAUAUUUUUAAUUUAAUUAUUUUUAAUAAAUUUUGAAAGAGUUGUUUUAGAAAAUUAUAAAAAAAUAGAAUGGAUGUGUUACCGUUUAGUUCGGGGACUAGUAGCAAUGAUGACAUCUCGUUUGAAUCUUUGGGAGUUGUGCAAGUUCUAUGUGAAGCCUGCCAACGAUUGAAAUGGUCAAAACCAACUCCUAUUCAAAAAGAGACAAUCCCGGUGGCUCUGUUGGGCAAGGACAUCAUAGGAUUAGCAGAAACUGGUUCAGGCAAGACGGGAGCAUUCGCCAUCCCAAUCCUUCAGGAUCUCCUGCAGAAACAGUCAAGGUUGUUUGCUCUCAUCCUCACCCCAACCAGGGAACUUGCCUUCCAAAUUAAUGAAACAUUUGAAGCAUUGGGUGCUGGCAUGAAACUCAAAUGUGCUGUUAUUAUUGGUGGAGUUAAUAUGAUGGAGCAGAGCAUUAUGUUGGCCAAAAAACCUCACAUCAUUAUAGCCACACCGGGAAGGUUGUUGGAUCAGCUGGAGGGUGAUACAGGGUUCAACCUCAACUCUCUCCAAUAUCUCGUUCUCGAUGAGGCGGACAGAAUUUUAAAUUUGGAUUUUGAAGCUGAAGUCAAUAAGAUCCUUAAAAUGAUUCCCAAGAAAAGGAAGACCUACCUGUUUUCUGCAACUAUGACUGAAAAGGUGAGUAAGUUACAAAGGGCAUCCCUCAAGAACCCUGUGAAAGUUGAGGUUUCAAAUAAAUAUCAAACUUCUUCAAGUCUCACUCAGCAUUAUCUCUUCAUCCCUUACAGGUAUAAGCUUGAAAACUUGGUAUAUCUGUUGAACGAACUGUCUGGCAACUCGGUGAUCAUUUUCAUUGAGAACUGUGCAAAGACUCAAGUCAUCUGGCUGACACUCAGAAAUCUCGGCUUCACUGCUUUUCAACUUCAUGGAAAGAUGGCACAGAACAAACGACUCGAAAGUUUAAGUAAAUUCAAAGAGAACGACAGAUCCAUCCUCGUUUGCACUGAUGUAGCGAGCCGUGGUUUGGACAUCGCCCAUGUUGAUGUCGUCGUCGUUUACAACAUGCCCACGCGCACCAAGGAUUAUAUACACAGGGUUGGAAGAACUGCUCGAGCUGGGAGAUCUGGAAAGGCUUACAUCUUCGUCACUCAAUAUGAUGUGGAAGAUUAUCUGAAGAUUGAAAAACUUCUUGGGUAUCAGAUACCCAAACAUACAAUACCACAGGACGACGUAUUGUGUCUGCAGGAAAGAUGUGCUGAGGCCACAAGGGCCGCAAAAUAUCAACUGGCUGAGGCAGAAAAGAAAGGAACAAAACAGAAACGAAUUAAAGAUAGCAAUAAAGGUGAGAACGAUGAUACCGAAGAAGCUAGUGGUGUAAGAAAAAAAUUUAAAAGAAAGAAAUAAUUUACAAUAAAUAUUUUUGAAAUUCUUCGUUUAAGUUUUUUUAAAUGCGUAAUAAAUAAUUAACUUUUUCGAACUUAUGAAUAGAAAAUAAAAUCUCAAACUCAU